AAAAAUAAGAGUUAUUUGCGAUUUAUAUUUAUAAAUUAAUGGUGUUGAAAAAUAUAAAUAAUAUACGACAAACUGCCUAAACCAUGGAGGCUGCUAUACCCAUUACCAAUGAGCUGGAGCAACGCAUCUCCGACGCCUUCUGCAUCUUCGAUCAUCACGGCGAUAAGCGCAUCGACAUACGCGAAGUGGGCACCGUCUUGCGCUUUCUGGGCUGCGUGCCCACUGAGCAAGAGAUAAAUGAAGUAAUCGCAGCUACCGAAAUGGAGGAAUCCGCCGGAGAUGUGCAUCUCUCCAAAUUUAUGCCGCAUGUGGCGCAAUUGUUAGCGGAGCGAAAAAUGGAACCAGCUUCGCCGGAGAAAAUUCUCGCCGCCUUUCAAAUCUUGGAUCCAGAGCAGAAGACCUACAUAACCAAGGAGUAUAUGAGCAAAAUGAUGAUGGAGGAAGGUGAACCCUUCACACAGGAGGAGCUCGAUGAAAUGCUUGCUGUGGCCAUCGAUCCCAUCACUGGCAAUAUACCGUAUGAGUUUUAUAUCAAUCAGCUGAUGGUAUAUCUAUGAAUAAAAAAAUAUUGCAAAAUAUUGAAGAAAAUAUUAAUAAGAAAAGGAGAAAAUGUAUCGAUUACUGGAAGUCACAUAUUGUACUUCAUACAUACACAACACACAAAAUAAAAAAUAGUUACCAAAAACCAUAACCAAUAA